GACACAUGGGGGCUGAUCUAUAUAUCCCACUGACCGACGUUGCAGUCUUUCACACACAAUAAAUAGCAGUUGCAUAACGGCCUGAUCUCUCUAUCUCUCGUUGAUCAGUUCAGACCAGCUUCCAAUUUUUCUCUUCCACAAACGUACAGUAACCCAAAAAUGGUACAUGAAGCUGGCACCGCUACCUGCGUAGACAUCAUCUUGGCCAUAAUCUUGCCUCCUCUUGGUGUCUUUCUCAAGUUUGGUUGCAAGAUGGAGUUUUGGAUCUGUUUGUUGCUGACGAUCUUGGGGUAUAUCCCUGGGAUUAUUUAUGCUGUCUAUGCCAUCACCAAGAUGUGAAGUACUUGAUUUUUCUUGAAAGCAGUAUACAUCUCUCUCCCUCAGUGGAGGUGAAUUAAUAAUUAAGCGCAUCCAUGCCUUUCCGUUUCUGAUUUGGAGUUCGUUUAUUUGUAGCCACAAUGGAUGGACAUACAGUUGAAUCUUCGUUUAGUGUGUCAAAGUGUAUGGUUUUUCCUUUUCUUUGUAUUUGCUGCAUGUAAAGGUAUGGAAUAUUUGUAAUUUUGUGAUGAAUUAAGACGAUGGUAAGUGGUAACGGUACUGGAUC